CCUCCGGACCAGAUGGUGGCGGUACAUAUUUAUUACCAACCGGCAGGAUUUGAAGGAAAUCAACGUUUUCUUAUUUUUCUGUCAGUUUGUAGGAUUCUGGAGAGACAGUCCUAAUUUCUGACUUCAUUGGGAGUAAAGAAAGGUGGGAUCAGAGGAGGGCCGUCUCCUUCUUGGCGUUCCAUCAUGGCGGACAUCAAGAACUUCCUGUACGCCUGGUGCGGGAAGAAGAAGCUAACUCCCAGCUACGACAUCCGAGCUGCAGGAAACAAGAACAGGCAGAAGUUCAUGUGUGAAGUCCGAGUCGACAGCUUCAACUACAUCGGGAUGGGGAACUCCACCAACAAGAAGGACGCUCAGACCAACGCUGCCCGGGACUUCGUUAACUAUCUGGUCCGGGCCGGAGAGAUAAACGCAGCCGAGGUCCCUGCCAUAGGGGUCGGUCCUCCUGCAGGUAUCCAGCCGGACGGAGGAGGAGGAGACGGCGGCUUCGGAAACCUUCCUCCCAGCGGCCCCCUGCCUCCUCACCUGGUUGUUAAAGAGGAACAAGGGGAAACUGGUGUCAGUGGACCGGUUCCAGGAGUAACUGGACUGGGUUACUCCGGAGGAGGAGGAGCGGAGUGGGAGCGAGGAGCCAACCUGAAGGAGUACUACGCCCGCAGGGACGAGCAGGAGGCCCAGGCGACUCUGGAGUCGGAGGAAGUGGAUCUGAACGCCAACCUGCACGGAAACUGGACCCUGGAGAACGCCAAGGCCCGUCUGAACCAGUUCUUCCAGAAGGAGAAAACCAGUGCUGAGUAUAAGUACAGCCAAGUGGGACCGGACCACAACAGGAGCUUCAUCGCAGAGAUGCAGCUGUUUGUGAGGCAGCUGGGCAGAAAGAUCACGGCCCGGGAGCACGGCUCCAACAAGAAGCUGGCGGCCCAGUCCUGCGCUCUGUCCGUGGUCCGGCAGCUGUACCACCUGGGGGUCAUUGAGCCGUACUCCGGGGUCACCAAGAAGAAGGAGGGCGAGACGCUGGAGGCCUACGAGGUCAACGUGGCUCCAGACCUGCAGCAGCAGCUGGCCGCCGUGGUCCAGGAGCUGGGAGUCCACCUCGCCCCGCCUCCUGCGGACCCCGGCGCCCCGGUGUCUCUGGUCCAGGGGAAGAUGGCCGCCUUCGAGCCGUCUCAGAAGCAGAGCAGCAGCGGCGUCGUCCCCUGGUCGCCUCCGCAGGUCAACUGGAACCCCUGGACCAGCAGCAACAUCGACGAUGGACCGCUGGCCUACUGCACUCCGGAGCAGAUCAGCAGCGAUCUCCACGGCGAGCUGAUGUACCAACUGGAACACGAUGAGAACCUGCAGAAGAUCCUGUCGGCGCGAGCGCAGCUUCCUGUCCGGCAGUUUGAGGAGGAGAUCAUGGCGACGGUGGAGCAGAACCCGGUGGUGAUCAUCAGAGGAGCGACGGGCUGCGGCAAAACCACGCAGGUCCCGCAGUACAUCCUGGAUCGCUUCGUCAAGGGCGGCCGCGCCUCCGACUGCAACAUCGUGGUCACGCAGCCCCGGCGGAUCAGCGCCGUCUCUGUGGCCGAGCGGGUCGCCUACGAGAGAGGAGAGGAGCUGGGGAAGAGCUGCGGCUACAGCGUCCGCUUCGAGUCCGUCCUGCCGCGGCCGCACGCCAGCAUCCUGUUCUGCACCGUCGGUGUUCUCCUCCGGAAGCUGGAAGCAGGAAUCCGGGGGAUCAGCCACGUCAUCGUUGAUGAGAUCCACGAGAGAGACAUCAACACGGACUUCCUGCUGGUGGUCCUCAGGGACGUGGUCCAGGCCUUCCCGGACGUCCGCAUCAUCCUGAUGUCGGCCACCAUCGACACCACCAUGUUCAGGGAAUACUUCUUCAACUGCCCCAUCAUCGAGGUGUUCGGCCGGACCUUCCCUGUUCAAGAGUAUUUCCUGGAAGACUGCAUCCAGAUGACCAACUUCGUCCCCCCGCCGAUGGACCGGAAGAAGAAGGACAAAGACGAGGACGGCGGAGACGAUGACACCAACUGCAACCUGAUCUGUGGGUCGGACUACACGGCGGAGACGAAGCGCUCCAUGGCUCAGAUCAGUGAGAAGGAGACGUCGUUUGAGCUGGUGGAGGCUCUGCUGAAGUACAUCGAGACGCUGCAGGUGGCCGGCGCCGUUCUGGUCUUCCUGCCCGGCUGGAACCUCAUCUACUCCAUGCAGCGCCACCUGGAGACCAACCCGCACUUCGGAAGUAGCCGGUACCGCAUCCUGCCGCUGCACAGCCAGAUCCCCAGGGAGGAGCAGAGGCGGGUGUUUGAGCCGGUUCCGGACAGAGUCACCAAGGUCAUCCUGUCCACCAACAUCGCCGAGACCAGCAUCACCAUCAACGACGUCGUCUACGUCAUCGACUCCUGCAAGCAGAAGGUGAAGCUCUUCACCUCCCAUAACAACAUGACCAACUACGCCACCGUCUGGGCCUCUAAGACCAACCUGGAGCAGAGGAAGGGCCGCGCCGGCCGAGUGCGACCCGGCUUCUGCUUCCACCUGUGCAGCCGCGCUCGCUUCGACAAGCUGGAGACGCACAUGACCCCCGAGAUCUUCAGGACGCCGCUGCACGAGGUGGCGCUCAGCAUCAAGCUGCUGAGGCUCGGAGGCAUCGGCAACUUCCUGUCCAAGGCCAUCGAACCGCCGCCGCUGGACGCCGUCAUCGAGGCGGAGUUCACACUCAGAGACCUGGACGCCCUGGACUCCAACGAUGAGCUGACUCCGUUGGGUCGGAUUCUGGCCCGGCUGCCCAUCGAGCCUCGGCUGGGGAAGAUGAUGAUCAUGGGCUGCAUCUUCCAUGUCGGAGACGCCAUGUGCACCAUCUCUGCCGCUUCCUGUUUCCCGGAGCCGUUCAUCAACGACGGGAAGCGCCUCGGCUUCAUCCACAGGAACUUCUCCGGCAGCCGCUUCUCGGACCACGUGGCGCUGCUGUCGGUCUUCCAGGCCUGGGACGACGUCAGGGUUAACGGCGAAGAGGCUGAGAACCGUUUCUGUGAACACAAACGUCUCAACAUGUCCACCCUGAGGAUGACCUGGGAGGCCAAGGUGCAGCUGAAGGACAUCCUGGUGAACUCUGGGUUUCCUGAAGGCUGCCUGAUGACCCAGAUGUUCAACACGGUGGGACCCGACAACAACCUGGACGUGGUGGUGUCUCUGCUGACCUACGGCUCCUACCCCAACGUCUGUUUCCACAAGGAGAAGAGGAAGAUCCUGACCACCGAGGGCCGCAACGCGCUCAUCCACAAGUCCUCCGUCAACUGCCCCUUCAGCAGCCACGACGUCCACUACCCCUCCCCCUUCUUCGUCUUCGGAGAGAAGAUCCGGACCCGGGCCAUCUCGGCUAAGGGGAUGACGCUGGUGAGUCCUCUGCAGCUGCUGCUGUUCGCCUGCAAGAAGAUCAGCUCCAACGGGGAAAUCGUGGAGCUGGACGACUGGAUCAAGCUGAAGAUCCGCCAUGAGGUGGCGGGCGCCGUCGCCGCCCUGCGGGCCUGCCUGGAGGCUCUGGUGGUGGAGGUCACCAAGGACCCAGAGUUCAUCAACCAGCUGGACCAGAACAGCGAGAAGCUGCUCAACGCCAUCAGACAGGUGUCCAAACCCUCCGCCGCCGGGAUCAACCUGAUGGCCACCAACCAGAGGAUGGGGGACGGACCGCGACCUCCCAAGAUGGCGCGCUUUGAUGGAGGAUACGGAGGAAGAGGAGGAGGAUACGGAGGAGGAGGAGGAUAUGGAGGAGGAGGAGGAUAUGGAAGAGGAGGAUACAGAGGAGGAGGAUACGGAGGAGGAGGGGGGUACAGAGGAGGAGGUGGGGGGUAUGGUGGGUACCGAGGGGGUGGAGGUUAUGGAGGAGGAGGAGGUGGGUAUAGGGGUGGAGGCUUCAGGGGAGGAUAUGGAGGAGGAGGAGGUUAUAGAGGAGGUGGUGACGGGUACAGAGGGGGAGGGGGGUACAGGGGCGGAUAUUAAACAAAGUGAGACCUCCUGUCGUAUAGCAGAUCUUUGUUAAUGUUGGUCAGAGUGAACAUGUUUGAUUUGAUUGAUGUUUCAAAUAAAUCUGAGAUGUUUCCACCUGAA